AUGCAAGGAACAUUGAUUAUUAGGCCAUUUAAGGCUAACUUGAAAAAAGAUACUGAAAUAUUUGGAAAAAUGGAUCCCUUUGUCAUUGUUAAAAUGGGAAAUUAAAAUUAAAAUACUUCCGUCGCUAAUGAAGCUGGCAAAACUCCUGUAUGGAAUAAUGUUCUUACAUUCAGAAAAACCUAUGAAAACCUAAUUGAAUUUGAAGUUUGGGAUUACGAUCAAGGCUCUAAAAAUGAUCUAAUCGGCUAAGCAUCCUUCCCUACUGCAUAAGUUGAGCAAACAAGAUAAUUUUAAGGACCAAUCCCUUUGAUGUAUAAAGGAAAGUCUUCUGGUGAAUUACACGUUAUAAUUGAAUUUCAUCCAGAUGGACAAGGACAAGGCUUUCCAUAAUAACCCUAAUAAAUUGGUUAUCCAUAAUAACCAGGCUUUCCUCAUCAACCUGGUUAUCCGCCAUAAUAAGGUCAUCCUCCCUAACCUGGUUAUCCACCUCAGGGUCAUCCUCCUCAACCAGGCUAUCCUCCUCAACCAGGUUAUCCACCUUAACCUGGUUAUCCACCUUAACCUGGUUAUCCACCAUAAUAAGGUUACCCACCUUAACCUGGUUAUCCCCCACAACCUGGUUAUCCCCCACAACCUGGUUAUCCCCCAUAACCUGGAUAACCUCAUCUACAACCAGGUUAUCCUGGAUAUCCCCCAUAAUAGAUAGCCGUGGUGUAAAUUAAAUUUAAUCCUAAUUGUCAUGAUUGUCACGGAACUGGAAAAAUUAUGAAAAAAGGUAAACAAAAAUUCUGUAAGGACUGUUAUAAACAUGCUGGAAUAUGUCAUAAAUGUGGUGGGACUGGCUAUAAUCAAAAAAAGGGAAAGGUUUGUAAGUGUAAAAAAUGAGAUACAUAUAAAAUAUAAUUAAAAAUAAUCAUCCAUCAA